GAGCUCUGGAGCAUCGGGGAGGUCAUGGAGCUGUCGCAGUGGUCCAUCAGGUCUGGAGGUUCCCCUUGAAGAUAUCAACAGGACGGGCCAAACCUUCAUGGGCUCUGCUUCACCCUCUACUGAACCGUGGAGGAGCUGUGGAGUGAAAUGCUUCAACGUGGAGCAGGCCUCCCCACUAAAUCUCCAAGCCACACCCCAUUUGCCUUAACUUCAGUCCUCUCUCCCUGGCCCAAGCAUGCCCUCUCCAGGCUCCUCCUCCUGGCCCUCCUGAGUUUACUGCCCUGCUCAGCACAAGCGGCAUGGUUUCGGGUUGGGGUGGUUGGACCAUGGGGGUGCGACCCCAUCUUUGCCAGGGCCCUUCCAAGCGCAGCGGCGCAGCUCGCCGUCACCCACAUAAACAGAGACCCCUCUCUAUCGUCUGCUGGAGCCUUUGACUUUGCUGUACUACAGGAGCCUUGUGAGACAUCCAGGGCGCUUGAGACGUUUGUGGGGUUCCACACAAAAGCCUCGGGGUACAUUGGACCAGUCAAUCCAGGAUACUGUGAUGCUGCCUCCAUGCUGAGUAAAGGCUGGAACAAAGCUGUGUUUCCUUGGGCUUGUGUUGGUUACGAGUUGGAUGAUGUUCGGAGCCAUCCUACUUUUGCUCGAUCCUUGCCGAGGCCCACGUGGGUGCUACACAACCUUUUGAGCUACUUCAGAUGGGCUCAUGUUGCCAUAAUAUCUUCCUAUGAGGACAUCUGGGUAGAAACAGCAAUUAAGGUAGCUGACUCUUUGAGAAGUCAUGGUAUGUCCGUCAGACUUGUUAGUUUCAUGGAGAACACGCCUCAUGGUAUCAGGCGGACUUUGUCCAAGGUCCAUAAGAUGCAAGAAAUACGAGCUGUAAUCCUCUGCAUGCACUCUGUAUUGAUUGGUGGCUCGGCACAGAAGCUCCUCCUGGAAACAGCCUAUGACAUGAAGAUGACUGAUGGCUCCCUGGUCUUCGUGCCCUACGAUACUCUGCUCUACAGCCUGCCCCACCGCAACGUCACCUACCCGGCCCUGAAAAGCAACAGCAAACUGCUGAGAGCGUACGACGCCGUUCUUACCGUCACCAUUGACUCUCCGGAUGGAUCAUUCUAUGAGACCUACAGGGAAGCCAUGGAGAGGGGAGAGGUGCCAAGGACUCUGAAACCCCAGCAGGUGUCUCCUAUGUUUGGUACCAUCUACAACUCAGUUCUGCUCAUGGCUCAUGCUAUGAAGGGAGUCCGGGAUUCCGGGGAAUGGAUAUCUGGAGGAAACCUGGCACAUAAAGCGCGUAGCCUGGACUUCCAGGGCUUCAGUCAUCGGAUCAAAACCAGCAGCUCCGGGGCAGUUCAGCUAGACUACCUCAUCCUGGACACAGACGGAUCCUCCUUGGAUCUGUUGCCAACAUACAGAAUUGACAUGGAGAUUGGCAUGGUUCGCUUCUUGGGUCGGGACAUUCACUUCCCACAUGGAUAUGGACCCAGGAGAGACGCCGCCUGCUGGUUCACCUCUGGAGUCAUCUGUUCCGGGGGAGUGGAUCUCUUUUUAACUUUCAGUAUGUUCUUCGGUUCAAUUGCCGUGGCCAUUUUCCUCAUCGCCCUCUUGUACUGCAUCAGACGACGCAUCAACCAGAUUCGGUUGGUCAGAGGUCCAAACAAGAUCCUGCUGACUCUUACAGAUGUUACGUUCAUAAAUCCUUCGCUAAGCAACAAGAAGCUGAGUCUGGACGACAGCCGGACAAGCGGUGGGCGGAGUCUGUCUGAAUGCAGCCAGAACACACCUCUCUCUUCUCAGUCUCCAGCAACUUAUGAAAACUCCAAUGUUGUCAUUUAUGAGGGAGACUGGGCCUGGUUGAAGAGACUGCCUGAUGGAAACUUUGGGAGAAUCAACCCCAAAACCAGUGACGUGUUUGAGCUGAUGAAGGACAUGCGCCAUGAGAACGUCAACCCCUUCCUAGGGUUCUUUCACGACUGUGGAGUGUUCGCCAUCGUAACAGAGUUUUGCUCCAGAGGCAGCCUGGAGGACCUCCUGCUGAAUGAAGAUGUCAAACUGGACUGGAUGUUCAAGUCCUCUUUACUGCUGGAUUUGAUCAAGGGAAUGAAGUACCUUCAUCACCGUGGAGUGUGUCACACCCGUCUCAAGUCUCGAAACUGUGUGGUAGAUGGGCGUUUUGUCCUCAAAGUAACAGACUAUGGCUACAAUGAGGUCCUGGAGUCCCAAAGGUUUCCUUACACUGAAGCUCGUCCUGAAGAACUGCUAUGGACAGCUCCAGAGGUCCUGAGGAGUGGACAGGCAGGGGUCCACGGGACUCUGACUGCAGAUGUCUACAGCUUUGCCAUCAUCAUGCAGGAGGUGGUGAUCAGAGGGCCUCCUUUCUGCAUGCUGGACCUGUCUGACGCAGAAAUUAUAGAAAAGGUGCGUAGACCUCCCCCUCUGUGCCGACCGGUGGUCAGCCCCGACUACGCCCCGAUGGAGUGCAUCCAGCUGAUGAAGCAGUGCUGGACUGAAACGCCAGACAAGAGGCCCACCUUCGAGGACAUCUUCGACCAGUUCAAGAACAUUAACAAAGGGAAGAAGACCAACAUCAUUGACUCAAUGCUGAGAAUGCUGGAGCAGUACUCAUCCAACCUAGAGGAGCUGAUCCGAGAACGAACGGAGGAGCUGGAGAUUGAGAAGCAAAAGACAGAGAAGCUGCUGACGCAGAUGCUGCCUCCCUCUGUGGCAGAGGCUCUGAUGGUGGGGGGUACAGUGAAACCGGAGUACUUCGACAGCGUGUCGCUUUAUUUCAGCGACAUCGUGGGCUUCACCACCAUCUCUGCCAACAGCGAACCCAUUGAGGUGGUUGAUCUCCUUAAUGACCUUUACACGCUCUUCGACGCUAUCAUUGGCAACCAUGAUGUCUACAAGGUAGAGACAAUCGGAGAUGCCUACAUGGUUUCUUCAGGUGUUCCUGUCCUGAAUGACAACCGCCAUGCUGCAGAAAUAGCCAACAUGUCUCUUGACAUUCUGAGCGCCGUGGGAACCUUCAAAAUGAGACACAUGCCCGAUGUUCCUGUCAGGAUCCGGAUAGGCCUCCAUACAGGUCCGUGUGUAGCAGGGGUGGUGGGUCUCACCAUGCCACGCUACUGUCUGUUUGGAGACACCGUGACCACGGCCUCUCGAAUGGAGUCCAGUGGGAUGCCUUACAGGAUCCACGUGCAUGAGAGCACCGUUAAGGUCCUGAAGGAGCUCAAUCUGGGCUACAAGCUGGAGCUUAGAGGCCGAACAGAAGUCAGGGGGAAAGGAACAGAGGAAACCUUCUGGCUUGUGGGAAGAGUCGGAUUCACAAAACCUCUGCCGGUUCCUCCAGAGCUCAAGUCUGGCAUGAAGGAGUCCCGGGACAUGAAGCAAGUGUUUCACAAGGCAGUGAAGAAGAUCUCUCAUGUCCGGGUCGUGACGCAGCUCUACAUGCCUGAAGACGAAGGAAACGUAAUGAUGACGCACCACUGACCACUGGACUGUCUGCUGCUGCCCCCACCCUGCAGGUCAGCUGACGAAGAGGAAGGAUUACUGUGUCUGUGUGCCACAGGCUCGGACUGAGGAGAUGGAGCCUAUCAAUAGGAGUUGAACAUACUGACUCAGCAAAGCAGGGCUCAGAGAGAGUCUGUCAGCAGCAGAGAAGGAGCUUAUCUUCUCCUUUACUUUGUCAGGGUGAUGUGGGUCAGCUUUUAUAAAGGGGAACUCUAUAAGGUCAAUGAAAUGAGUAUUUAUUUUUAAAUUGUUUGUGGAAACAAAUGUCUUCAAUCUGCUGCUUCUGUCUUUACAAUGAAUCUUGAAGAAGAUGAAGUGUGUUGUUUCUAUGAGAUGAGGCAACCUCAUUUAAGGCAGACAUGAAGGCAAACUGCUGUCGAUCACAGACGGGAUUUGGGGAGGGGUUUUGGUGCUCACAGGAAAACACAGAAAUAAAGUCAGUUCCAACUGAAAAAUGGUCAAAGUUCAUUUUCCCGGCAGUUCCUGCUGCUCUACCAGGCAGCCUGCAGCACCACACAGUGGACAGAGGCGGAACUACAAGAAGGCUUCUGCAACAAGUGGAGUCAGAUUAAUCCAGCUGAUCCAUUUAGUGCACGUGUGUGUGCACGUGGCUCACAGAAGCUUACCACACAGACAGAAACACCAUACACAAAAAACACACACAUGUGCAUGCACAAACACAAGGCUACAGAGACACACACAAACACAUACACAUUUACAUACAAGCACAAAUACACAAGCAAACUCACAAACACCCAGGCAUCUAUAUACGCAUAUACACAAACCUACACAUACACUUGAACAAACACACACACACAAAUAAACACACACACACAGAUCAACAAAAUCAAUUGCACAGACUCAGUUUUU